AUGGAGGCACAGGACCUGACCAAACGAUGGGAAAGGCUACAGCUAACAACGGAGGAAAGCUCACCUAUCGAGGUGAAACUGGAUGGGCCAAAGGAGAGGAUCAGGAUGGGGGAAUACUGCAUUGUGGGACGGGCUAUGGUGGAGAAGAUGGUAAAUAGCAAAGCUUUUAGAACCACGAUGUCACAAAUUUGGAGGUUGCAAGGAUGGGUGAAGUUCAAAGAGAUAGGUGACCAGAGCUUCUUAAUAGAAUUUCAAGAACUGGCAGAUAAGGAGAAGGUCUUGGGUGGUAGGCCAUGGUUCUUCGACAGGUGCCUAUUAUCUCUGCAAGAAAUUGACGCUAAGGUUUCCAUUAAUAGCAUGCAGUUUCGUUUUGAACCUUUCUGGGUUCAACUGCACAACCUUCCACUAGCCACGAUGACCGAGGAGGUCGGCAUACAAUUUGUAGAAUCCAUAGGACAUGUUAUCCGUGUAGAUGCAGAGGUUGAUGCACGUGCAUGGGGUCAUUGUUUAAGGGUGAGAGUGGCUGUGGACCUUCACAAACCCCUGCUUAAGGGCAAGUGGAUGCUGUUUGAAGACCAAGAACAUUGGAUCUCAUUCAAAUACGAACGCUUACAUAAUUUUUGCUUCCACUGCGGUAUCCUAUACCACAAAGGUAAAAACUGUAACAGUAUACGCCAUGAACAACAAAAGGAAGACCAGGCCCCCCAACAGUAUGGUCACUGUCUAAGAGCUCAACCCAUGCAUACAGAUAUCUUUAGUGUCCGUAAGUAUAGUGGGUCAAAGGGUGGUGCAAGUGGUGGAGCAAGAGGAGGAGCAUACGGUGGCAACAGCAACCAAGGAGAGCAUGUGCCAGAGGAAGGAUAA